AUGAAUGAAGUGGGAAGUAGUCAGAGUGGAAAGAAAGCCACCAAGGAGUCCCUCCGACCAGUAACGAUUAAGCAGCUAAACGACGCAACGCAAGCCUAUACAGAUGCAGAAUUCAAGAUCGAUGAUACAGAAAUCACACAAGUCUCAUUCGUGGGCCAAGUCCGCAAUAUCUCCCAACUAAGCACCUUUACCACAUACAAACUGGACGAUGGGACGGGCGAGAUCGAAGUGAAGCGAUGGUUAGACCGAAGUGACGGCAUGCAGGCAGAUCCCAUGGACACGGAUAGCGCCGCGACAAAAAGGCCCGACAAGAACCAAAUUGUGACGAAUGGAUACGUCAAAGUCUGGGGGAAGCUGAGUUCGUAUAGCAACAAUCGCCGAUCAGUCACAGCGGUUGUAAUUCGGCCUCUGACGAGUAUGGAUGAAUACCACUGCCAUUUCCUUGAAGCUACGUCGAUACACCUUUAUUUUACGCGGGGCCCGCCUCCAAAUAAAGACAAACCCGAAGCUGGGAAGGGCCAAGGCUCGGGUAUGACUGUCACUGGUAAACCUCUUCCGGCGUUGUCGCCCAUGGGCACGAAAUUAUAUGAGGCUCUCAGCAAUACCUUACAAAGCAGAGAAGGACUACACGUACAGCAACUGGCGUCGAUGCUCAAUGCGUCGACGAGCGAUGUCCGCAAAACUUGUGAUGAGUUAGCGGAGCAGGGCUUGAUCUUUACCACGGUGGAUGAGUUUACAUGGGCUGUCAUGGAGUUUUAG